AUGAAUGCUGCGUGGGUUCAACGCUACGAGUUGAAAUCUGUUCUUUCUGGUCAUCGAGGUUGUGUGAACACAAUUCAUUGGUCUUCUCACGGUGAAGUCUUGGUAAGUGGCAGUGACGACAUGACCCUAAAGCUCUGGCGCUUGUGCGGCGGCCCUGGAGUCGAUUUGAAGCCAGUUGCAUCGUUGGCAACUGCUCACAGACACAAUAUUUUUGAUGCCCACCUCUUAGAGACGCAAAUCGUCUCUUGUGGUGCAGAUGGCUAUGUCUGUUUGACAUCUCUCGAUGGUCGGCAAGAACGACUCUUUCAAUCGGACAUCUCUCAAGCUUUAGCUUUCAAGAUUGAUUUCCCUUCUGGAAGAAACAGCAAAGUCUUCCUGGUGACCUUUGGCGACGGCUACAUCCGACACUUCGACCUCAGGGAGAGGCAGCAUCACCUGGUGGUGAACACCCAGGACGUGGGCCUGGCAGGGUUAGCAACAAAUCCCGAUGGCCACAGCUUGGCUGUCGGAGGAAACGAUCCCUUUCUUCGCAUCUAUGAUAUUCGAACUCUUUCUUUCCAAGAUGAGAGUUCUUAUGUGAACAUGCCCCUGUCCCCGGUGACUUCGUUGCAUUCCACCUUGCCGAUGGUCCGCAAGCAGAAGAAAGCCAUGUCCUUCUCUCGAUUUUUUUCCGGACAAUCGGAGGUUUCUAUCUCAGGAGUUUCCUGGGAUGCGACUGGGCGACUCUUGUUGGCCAAUUAUCGAGGUGGCGACAUCGAGCUGUUUGACUUUCAGGGAUCAGUGGAUGAAGGACCAGAGGUUCGACUUUCGGACUCUCAUUUGGAUGUCUCUGAUAGCAGCUUGCCCACUGGACGCGUCCAGCUCAACUCCAUCCGAAGCUAUACAGGGCGUAUCAACAAACAAACAUGUGCCAAAGAAGUCCGCUUCCUGUGCCAAGGUUCAGCUGUCGGUUCGGGAGGUGAUUGCGGCCACUUUUAUAUUUGGUCAACAACGUCCUCUGAACUGCUACGGAAGAUGCCAGCAGAUCGUUGUGUGGUGAAUUGCAUAGCGCCUCAUCCGGAACUGCCAUUAGUGGCCACCUCUGGUAUUGAUGCUGAGAUUAAAGCUUGGGACGUUGACCGCACGGUGGAGCAUUUUCAGAAACAGGAUGAGACUCCUGAUCUUCAAGGGGCUCAGGAGCUUCAAGAAGAAGGUCUAUUGCUGAUCCGUCAGGGUGCUUGGGUUGAGGCGAUCGACCUUUUUGAGCAAGCACGGAAUCUUCUAAAAGGACGCGACAGCCUUUCUGCGGGCCAAGCGGGCGAAGCAGAACAGACAGAGCAGGGUUGCCUUUUGAACUGCGCUUUCUGCCACUUGAAUUUGGAGGAGUACGAUGCUGUCAUCGAGUGCUGCACUGCUGCCCUUGAUCAAGGCCCCUCGGUCGUCGGGCACCUGUACCGCGCCAGGGCGGCGGUGGCGCUGCGGCGCCCGGAGGCGGCGCAGGAGGAUCUGGAGGCCUUGGAGGCAUUGGACCCCGAAAACCCAGAGCGCUUCGGCACGAAGUGUUCUGGGCACAAGGCAGAUCCAAUGGGUGCUGUGACUGCCUUCCGCAGCUGCGAGGCCGGCGGGGCGCCAGCCGCAGCUUACCGGCAAGGAAUACACUUGAUGAGGCCCCUUGGAGAAGCCCGACCGCGGAGCGGCGGGUUCGGCAGUUGGACGAAGCCCGCGGAGUGGCGCUCUGUGCAGAUCUCUGGAACAUGUAUCGAACAGGCCCAAUUUCUGACCCAGGCCUUUCCUUGGCAUUGGAGCGCCGGCUACGGCGACCUGCAAGAGAAGCCCUAG